UAAAUUUUAAUUGACAAUUUCAAUAACAUGGAAUCCGAAUUAGUAUCAGGCAUUGUUAACCCUACCGUAGCACCGGUGACCCCAGAUACCCAUACACAUAGUUUUAUCAAUGCAUUAGUGGCUGGUGGAGUUGCUGGCAUGGUAGUGGAUAUAGCUUUAUUUCCUAUAGACACUGUUAAAACACGGCUACAAAGUGAACGUGGCUUUUGGCGUUCUGGUGGUUUUAAAGGCGUUUAUAAAGGUUUAGCACCAGCUGCAGCCGGCAGUGCACCCACAGCAGCCUUAUUUUUCUGUGCCUAUGAGAAUUUCAAAACACUGUUCAGUAAUGUAGCAGGAUGUACGAAAAACUCACCAUAUAUACACAUGAUUUCGGCCUCAAGUGCUGAAGUACUGGCUUGUUUAAUACGAGUUCCCGUAGAAAUAGCCAAACAACGUAGACAAACUCUGGGAAAUAAAUCCCAGCAGGGAGCUUUACAGAUCCUAUGGACUGCUUAUAAAACAGAAGGCCUAAGAAAAGGUGUUUAUCGAGGUUUUGGUUCGACCAUAAUGCGCGAGAUACCAUUUAGCUUCAUACAGUUUCCAUUAUGGGAAUUCUUUAAAUUACAAUGGACCCCUAUGACCGGUCUAGAUUCAACACCCUUAUCAGUGGCAUUAUGUGGAGCAGUUGCUGGUGGCAUUUCAGCUGGCCUAACCACACCUUUAGAUGUGGUCAAGACAAGAAUUAUGUUGGCCGAACAGAAUAGUACUAUACGUAAAUUACCCAUACCAAAAGUAUUGUCUUCUAUAUAUCGCGAACGAGGAGUUAAAGGAUUAUUUGCCGGAUUUGUGCCCAGAGUUAUGUGGAUAACCUUGGGUGGUGCAUUUUUCUUUGGCUUUUAUGAUUUAACAUGCCGGCUUUUGGGUGCUGAGAGCAAUGGAACAACAAAUACGUAGUGUGUUUUUGUUAUAGAUGCUAAAAUAAAUGGAUAAAUAUGUAUAUUAUUAAAUUUUUUCUAAAUAUUACUUUAAAAUUGAAUAUAA